AUGAAUGCUCAAGAGCUGGCCAGCUACUUCGCCGAUGCCCCGCCAAGUGUCGUGAGGCUCGAGAUCGCCAAGCACUUUGAGGCCCUGACAGACAAGCAGAAGCGCUAUGCCCACUUCAUAAGCCAAGCUUCCUUCGCGGGAAACCGCAUUGUCUUGAGACAGGUGUCUCCUGAAGCUGAGUCCAUCUAUGACUUUAUCAUUGCUUUGCACAAGAGCUCGGGUGGUGACUGGAAGGCGCUGGCUGAGAAGGCUGGCGUGUCGGAGGCUGAUCUCAACUCAUUUCUUGAGUAUGCUGCUCAGUUUCUCGGCAACAGCGGCAACUACAAGAGCUUUGGUGACUCCAAGUUUAUCCCCCGUGCCUCCGAAGCCUCCUUUGCUGCACUUGCAGCUACCUCCCCGGAGGCUGAAAGUCAUUACAAAGCCACAAAUGGUGCCAUCUUCUCGGCAGACAAGCCUGGUCUGCUUCACCUCGGAUACACCGACGAGGGUCACCUGACCACCUAUUAUCCUGACUCCCCGGACAUUACCAAGGAAGAGAUCGCCGCAGUCGCAUUGUGGAUGGAGAAGAAGGGCCUACUGCCAGAGAACACCCGCCUCCGGAAGACUAAGGACGGGGUUUUCGAGCUUCUGAUCGCCUCUGCUGUGACCUCAGUGCCCAGCGAAGGUGGUGACAUUGGAAAAGACACUGAGUAUAAGCUCGACGAUGGCAAGACUGUACGACUUGUUUACGGCGAUUACUCUAAGGAGAUGGCAGCAAUCGCCAGAAAUAUCAAGAAGGCCGCAGAGAAUGCAGAGAAUGAGACAGAGGAGAAGAUGCACCUUGCGUACGCCAAGUCAUUUGCCGAUGGAUCUCUUCUUGCGUUCAAGGACAGCCAAAGAUAUUGGAUCAGGGACAAGGGGCCGAUGGUUGAGUGUAACAUCGGAUUCAUCGAAACCUAUCGUGACCCGGCAGGUGUUCGAGGAGAAUGGGAAGGCUUUGCUGCAGUUGUCAAUCAGGAGAGAACUCGUGCCUUUGGCGAGCUGGUUAGAUCUGCACCCUCACUCAUCCCUCUGCUUCCCUGGAAUAAGGACUUUGAGAAGGAUAAGUUCCUCUCGCCCGAUUUCACCUCCCUUGAGGUUCUUACAUUCUGUGGAUCCGGCAUUCCCGCAGGCAUCAACAUUCCCAAUUACGAUGAUAUUCGACAAUCAGACGGUUUCAAGAACGUCUCAUUGGGCAAUGUCCUUAGUGCAAAAGCUCCUAAUGAGAAGAUUCCUUUUAUUAGGGACGAGGAUUUGGAGGUGUAUCAGAAGUAUCGUGACGGCUCCUUCGAAGUUCAAGUUGGCCUCCAUGAGCUCACAGGCCACGGUUGCGGCAAGCUUCUGCAAGAAACAUCCCCUGGAGAGUUUAACUUCGACAAAGAAAAUCCGCCGGUGAGCCCUCUCAGCAACGAACCCGUCAAGACCUGGUACAAACCGGGCCAGACCUGGGGUUCCGUAUUUGGUGGGCUGGCUGGGGCCUACGAAGAGUGCCGUGCAGAACUCGUUGCAAUGUAUCUGAGCUGCGAGUUCCCUGUUCUCAAAAUCUUUGGCUUCGGUGACGGCAGCGUUGACAUCGAUGGUGAAGCAGGUGAUGUGCUUUACUCUUCUUAUCUGAGUAUGGCUCGAGCCGGUUUGGUAUCGGUAGAGUACUGGGACCCCAAGUCGCAGAAAUGGGGACAGCCCCAUUGCCAGGCUCGAUUUUCGAUCCUGAAGUGCUUCCUGGAAGCCGGUGAUGACUUCUGCAAAUUGGAAUACCAGGCUGAAGAUUUGUCGGAUUUGAAGAUCAAGCUUGACAGGUCCAAGAUCUUAACUACAGGUCGCAAAGCUGUUGGCGAGUAUCUUCAGAAGCUGCAUAUCUACAAGUCGACAGCAGAUGUUGAGACGGGCUCCAAGUUCUUUAGUCAUAUGUCAGGCGUUGGCCUUGAGUACUGGGGCUCUAAAGUCAGGAACGUCGUCUUAGCAAACAAACAGCCGAGGAAGGUCUUUGUGCAGGCGAACACCUACUUAGAUGAGGCAACUGGGGAGGUGACUUGCAAGCAGUACGAUCCGUCGCCAGAGGGUCUGAUUCAAAGCUGGGUUGACAGGGAGUCGUGA